AGGCUGAGAUCAUGAUUCAGGCUGACAAGAGUUCGUCUGGAGGAUUGGCUGUUGGACAAGCUGAGCCUGAAAACCUCGCUUCGAGUUCUCACACUUUCAAAAACAAGACCUUUAAAAAACCCAAAGACUGUAGUAUCUGCAAACAAGCCAUUGACAGCCAAGGCAUUUCCUGCAGAGUUUGCAAGUAUGCCUGCCACAAGAAAUGUGAAGCAAAGGUGGUGAAACCCUGCUUCCUGCCAAUCAACUACGAACUGCCUGAUAACUCUGAGACCUUUAUGAGUCAUGUAACCAGAACUACUUCCGGCAGUUUUUCAAAAAGCUCAUCUUUCUGUUGUGACAAAGUAUCACAAAGUGCAGACUUUGAUCACAUUAUGGAGGAGGGCUAUGAACUUGACCUGACUUACAUCACUGAGCGGAUCAUUGCUGUAUCCUUCCCUGCCAGCUGUUCAGAGGAAACAUAUGUGCACAACCUGCAAGAUGUAACCCGAAUGCUCAAAUCCAAACAUGGAGAUAAUUACCUGGUGUUAAACCUUUCUGAAAAAAGAUAUGACCUUACCAAGCUUAACCCAAAGAUUAUGGAUGUGGGUUGGCCUGACCUUCAUGCACCUCCCCUUGAUAAGAUGUGCACCAUCUGCAAGGCUAUGGAAUCAUGGUUGAACAGCGACCCUCAGCAUGUGGUGGUGAUCCAUUGCAGAGGUGGAAAAGGAAGGAUAGGAGUAGUGAUAUCAUCCUAUAUGCACUUCACCAAUGUUUCUGCCAGCGCUGAUCAGGCUCUAGACAGAUUUGCUAUGAAGAAAUUCUUCGAUGAUAAAGUUUCAACUUUAAUGCAGCCAUCCCAAAAAAGAUAUGUGCACUUCUUAAGUGGCCUUCUAUCUGGAUCUGUGAAAAUGAACACGACCCCACUCUUCCUGCACUUUGUCAUCCUUCAUGGCAUCCCAAGCUUUGAUGCUGGAGGAGUUUGUCGGCCCUUUCUAAAGAUCUACCAGGCUAUGCAGCCAGUUCAUACAUCAGGAAUAUACAGUGUAGGGCCAGAAAAUCAAAGCAGAAUCUGCAUUGCUAUUGAGCCAGCCCAGCUAUUGAAGGGAGAUAUUAUGCUGAAGUGUUAUCACAAAAAAUAUCGAUCGGCCACCCGUGAUGUCGUUUUCCGCCUGCAGUUUCACACAGGUGCCGUUCAGGGCUAUGGUCUGGUAUUUGGCAAAGAGGACUUGGACAAUGCUAACAAAGAUGACCGCUUCCCUGAUUAUGGGAAAAUUGAAUUGGUUUUUUCAGGAACCCCAGAGAAAAUCCAAGGAUGUGAACACCUGAAGAAUGACCAUGGAGUGAUAGUUGACUACAAUACCUCAGAUCCACUGAUCCGCUGGGAUUCCUAUGAAAACAUGAGCCCUGAUGGUGAAGUGCUCCACACCCAGGGUCCUAUUGAUGGCAGUCUUUAUGCUAAAGUGAGGAAGAAGAGCUCUUCAGAUACUAGCAUCCCCAGUGGAGCCCAUGGGGUUCCUGUGAUCAGCAGCCCGGAUCACAGUGACCAUACUCUCUCUGUCAGCAGUGAUUCAGGACACUCAACAACUUCUAUAAGGACGGACAAGACCGAGGAGCAUCCAGCACCGGGAAUCAAACGGGGCCUGAGCCCACAAGAGAAGGCAGAGCUGGACCAGCUACUUAGUGGUUUCGGCCUAGAAAACUCAGUCAGUCCCCUCAAGGAUAUGACUGAUGCCCAAAGCAAGUACAGUGGGACUCGCCACAUAGUGCCAGCUCAGGUUCAUGUGAACGGACACACCAAACUGAAGGAUAGGGAGACGGAUAUUCUGGAUGAUGAGAUGCCCAGCCAUGACCUUCACAGUGUGGACAGCAUCGGGACACUGUCCUCCUCUGAAGGGCAGCACUCAGCCCACCUUGGAAACUUCAGCUGCCACAAGAGCAGUCAGAAUUCGCUGCUCUCGGAUGGCUUUGGAAGCAACCCUGGAGAGGACCACCACAAUGCUCUGGCCCCAGACCUGGGAAUAGGUGUGGACCCCCUGUAUGAAAGAUCAUUUGGAAGUGGUGAGCCUAAGCAAUCCCAGCAGCUGCAAAGGAAUCCUCCUGUUUCCGCUCAGCCUCAGGCUUAUGGCCCUAGUAACUACUCUACCCAGACUUGGGUGCGCCAACAGCAGAUGGUCACUGCUCACCAAUACACCUACUCCCCCGAGAGUGAAGUAAGGCUUGGCAUUCCUAGCACUGUAGAGAAUUCAGGCAAUGUGCAGAGCCAACCCAGAAUCCCUGACACACCUACCCGGGGAUCCAGCAGCAGAGACGCUGUGCAGCGGGGGAUAGGGACUGUGCCAAGUUCCAGUGAAGUAGCAGAACACCCAGUGCCUGAGGCUUUUAAAUCCAGAUUAGUAGCUGAGAAAGACACAAAUGGCCUGGCUUUAGGAGUGAAUGUCGAGGACCUGCCAUCCUCUCCUACUCUUGAUAUCGAUCAGUCAAUUGAGCAGCUGAAUCGGCUGAUCUUGGAACUGGACCCUACAUUUGAACCUAUCCCAACCCGCAUGAACACAGUCUCCAGGGACACGAGUCAAGUGAAUGGCUUCACCAGCCCUGAUGGGGAUGUGGGAGGGCUCAGCGUGAGCCCUGGGUUCCGUGAGAAAGGAGAGGUCACAAACAGGAAUCUUUCCCGGCAUGGUUCACCAGGAGACGAGUCAGGGGGAAGAAUAAGGAAGUUAAGUCUUGGACAGUAUGACAAUGACGUUCCAGGGCAGCCAUCAUAUACCAGGUGUGGCUGGAUGAAAUCUACUGCUAUAGACCAAGCUGUAAAUCCAGGAUCACUAAUUGCUGUAGGGGAGACCAAAGAGAUGGAUGUGGCACGUUACCAGGAAGACCUAGAUGAAGUAGACAGGGGAAUCUUCUCACCAACCAAAAAUGAGAAUGAAGCUGUUCCACCAACCCCAGCUUUUCCAGUGUCACCAGAGACACCAUAUGUGAAAUGCCCCCCACAUUACCGCCAAAUGAGUCCAUCUGGCCAACAGAUCAGUAGCCCGCCUGAGAUGUACAGAACUGGGCAUGAAUCUCGAAGUUACACGGAAGGCCUUAACCACUCGGUUGUGAUGACUGACAGCACCAUGGGCACCAAUCCCACUUUGCUGAGGACUGACAUGAAGACAGCUCCUUCGUGUCAGCGGCCUUUUGUAUCUGCAUGCGCCAUUUCCAGUAAUAGCCCCAUCCCAACCGGAGAAAGCCCUUCUGCAACUGAAUGCCACUGGCUAGAAAGCAACGCUAAGUCCACCGCUUCACCCCAGCUCACAGCUGGUCUACAGGGGAACAUCAGGCCUACAGGAAAUUACCUUGUGUCCUCAGAAUUUUCAAGCCCCAUUCAGGACAGCUCGCUCUUGUCCCAUUUCCAAUCCCCAGGAUUGCAAGUCAUCUCUUUGAACAGCCGAGAGGAUUCGUCCUUAGACCAGCAACAAGAACCUGCUGCCCAUCCCAGUGCCCGGGCCUACCUGAACUAUGGUGGGACCAGCGUAAGCAGUAGCCCACCACUGGAGGAGAAACAACCUGUUUUCAUGGCCAAUACUAGCAGCUCUCCCAAAACUAUGAGCUCACCACUGGCAAGUACAGCGGACAAUGGCUUUUUGGCCCACAACUUGCUUACAAUGGCCUCUGGACACAAUAGCCAGAGCAGCACAAUUCAACAGCACCAUGGAAUGAACCUGCACCCACAGCCACCUCUUCCAGAGAAGAAGAGGACUUCUGAGGGAGACCGUUCUUUUGGCUCCAUCUCUCCUUCUUCAAGUGGCUUCUCCAGCCCUCAUAGUGGGAGCACGAUCAGCAUUCCAUUCCCAAAUGUCCUUCCAGACUUUUCAAAAAUUUUAAGCACUUCCCCUUUGCCAGAAAACCCAGGCGAUAAACACGUGACUGUAAAAUUUGUCCAAGAUACAUCCAAGUUCUGGUACAAGCCAGAUAUUUCAAGAGAACAAGCCAUUGCCGUUCUGAAGGACAAGGAACCAGGGUCAUUCAUUGUUCGAGACAGCCAUUCUUUCAGGGGAGCCUAUGGCCUGGCAAUGAAAGUUGCUACACCUCCUCCUUCAGUGCUGCAGUUAAACAAGAAAGCUGGGGAUUUGUCAAAUGAGCUUGUCAGGCAUUUUCUGAUUGAAUGCACCCAUAAAGGAGUGCGAUUGAAAGGAUGUCCUAACGAGCCAUAUUUUGGGAGUUUGACAGCUUUGGUGUAUCAACAUUCCAUUACUCCUCUGGCAUUACCCUGCAAACUACUCAUCCCAGACAGAGAUCCCUUGGAGGAGAUUGCAGAAACAGCUCCACAGACUGCUGCAAACUCGGCAGCAGAGCUCCUAAAGCAGGGUGCAGCAUGCAAUGUUUGGUAUCUGAACUCUGUGGAAAUGGAGUCCCUCACAGGCUAUCAGGCAGUGCAGAAAGCCCUGAGCAUAACACUGAUGCAAGAUCCUCCUCCCAUCUCUACUGUUGUCCAUUUCAAGGUGUCUGCUCAGGGGAUCACACUGACAGAUAAUCAAAGAAAACUCUUUUUCCGAAGACAUUAUCCAGUGAACUCUGUUAUCUUCUGUGCUUUGGAUCCACAGGACAGAAAAUGGAUGAAAGAGGGACCUUCUGCAAAAGUGUUUGGAUUUGUUGCAAGGAAGCAAGGCAGCGCCACAGAUAACGUGUGCCACCUGUUUGCAGAGCAUGAUCCAGAGCAACCUGCCAGUGCCAUUGUGAACUUUGUAUCAAAGGUCAUGAUUGGUUCCCAAAAGAAAAUCUGAAUCCUUCCUAGCCUUUGGUUCAGAGCUCUUCACUGACUUGAGGGAAAGCAGCGUGGGAGAAAAAGCAUUCUUGGGAGUUUGCAGCUACAUUAUCCAAACCUAACCGUUCCCAAGAAGGAAAGCAGAGGAUGUUCCAUCUGCAUAACGUUACAAAGAGUGUGAUCCUUUCUUUGAAGAUGCCUCUGACCUAUCAAAGCAUUGUGUUUUUACAUCAAAGGGCAAAUUGUGAGUGAAUGCAGAUGGAUGACACCAAAACCUGCAUAAUCCAUAUCUGAAUUAAACAGAGAAGACAGGCUUUAUAGUGCAGGGUUUUAAUUAUAUUUUCACGCACCAUUUUCCAUCUUGUAUCAGAAAAGGAAGAAUUUGCCAACUCAUUAGAUCAUGCUUUUUUUUUUUUUUCUGUAGGAAAAUUUAUUAGAACCACAUGCAGUCUCUUACUUAGACACUUGCCACAGUUGCAUCAGUGGUAGCUAUAGCCCUGGCAAACCGAUGCUCUUAAGAGAGUGGUGGUUUGUGAAGGACCAUUUGCUCUUCCCUUCAUCUUUAUAUGAUAAUGGUGGGAGUUGACUGAGAAGGGGGAAGAUGUAUGUUAGGGAAGGUUAGUGCAGGUUGAUUUCUUUUAAGAAGCGUGCAGAGACAUGGAUUUUUCAGGGAGAUUACUCCACGUUUAGUAUAAAGAAGGCUGAGUUUAUUUCGCUUGUAUAAUUUUAAAUGGGAGAGGGAUAACUAAAAUGAGUCAUGUGGAGAAAGAUUGAUGUAUUCUGUUAAUGGUGUUUUUGUUAUUAUUUUUAUAUGAAGAGUUAAGCAGGAAAGAUGCUGUAUUUUAAUAAUCACAGGAUAAAAAUGAGGGAAAAGCAAAGAAGAAAAUGAUUUUAUAUAAUUUAUAUUUUUGCCUCUGCCAGAUUAUUUAUAGUAGAUAUCAAAUCUUGAUAUAUUAUAUGAGUGUUCUUAUAGUAAAGCCAUUUAUGAUCUUUGCCUUCUUAGUUUUAUUUUGCAUAAGUAUAGUAUGUCGCAUGUGCCUUUCUAUAGAAUAGAGUUUCGUAUUUAGGCUCUUGUUUUACAGUAUUAAACCACUUCCCAGCUCAUGUAUCUCUGAAAUAAUGCUUUGACUAUGAAAUCGGUCCUCCCUCCUCAAAGUUUCUUCCAUACAUAGGUUCUUUUCAACAGUUUUUUUUUAAUGAAAGGUGGGGUUUUGUUUUUUGUUAUUCAAUUUGUAUGAAUUGGUGUUACAUUUUAUAGGUGAAUUUUUAAAAUCAUUUCUUGAGUCAAGAAAUCCAAAAGGGAAAAGAAUAUUUUUUGUUACUCUUACCCAUGUCCAAGACAAUCUGUCACACGUGUCCUUCAUAUGACCAAGUAAGCCAACAUAGUGGCAUCUGUAUUUUAUAAAACUAAAUGUUAUUCUGUAGUUAGUUUUAUAACAUAAAUAUACAUACACCUCUACCCCGAUAUAACACUGUCCUCAGGAGCCAAAAAAUCUUACUGUGUUAUAGGUGAAACCGUGUUAUAUGGAAUUUUCCUUGAUACGCUGGAGUGCGCACCCCCCCCCCAGCACGCGUUAUAUCCAAAUUCGUGUUAUAUCGGGCCGCGUUAUAUCGGGGUAGAGGUGUACUGUAUAGUAGGGUAGGUGACUUGUAGUAAUUUUCUGUGAGAGCGGAGGGCCCAUUUGAAGUCUAUUGCAAAAUUCCCAUUCACCCAAAGGGAACAGGAUCAGGCCCAGAAACAGGAAUUGGAAGUUACAGACAACUGAAAUUCCCAAUUGUUUGACAUGCCAAACAUUUCUGUUCCUUCGGUUUGAGGGCUAAAUCUACACAUCAGUGAUCUGAUGUAUAAAAUGGUGCAGUGUUCUGUGCACACAGUCACAAGACACAGUGGGCUGAGUGGUAACUAUCCCCAUUUUGAGACUUAAAUUGCUUCAAUCUCUUUUUACCAGACGAUAGUUAGGCGGGAUAGGAAAAAUUAUAGAGUUGGCUUAAAUAACAAAUUCCCACCUAUCCUGAUCCAAAACCCAUUUGUGUGUGUUUCUGUAGUUAGUUUUAUAACAUAAAUAUACAUACACCUCUACCCCGAUAUAACACUGUCCUCAGGAGCCAAAAAAUCUUACCGUGUUAUAGGUGAAACCGUGUUAUAUGGAAUUUUCCUUGAUACGCAGCAGUGCGCAGCCCCCCCCCCCCUCCCACCACACACAGGUUGUUCUAACUUUUAUUAACAGCCUUCUUUUUUUAGAAUUAGAAGAACCACAGGCACCUUAUGCAGGGGCCAAGGACAAAAUUUGAUACCAAAUAAUUUGUAUAACCAUGAAUUCAGUGUAAAUAAUUGUAUACUUUUGUAUGGGGGCUUUGGGCAAAAUUACAAGUGGCUUACAUUAGUAACAGUGAGAAUUGUAUGUAUAUAGAAAGGUUAGGCAGUUCAAAGUAAAGCUACCAUUCAAGCAACAAUGGCAAGUGCCUCUGAUUUGUACCAAAUACUUUCAUUCUUCCAUCAAACAGGUUGAUUAAUCAAACAAUGUUUUCGUACCAUCUAAAAAGAAUUCAGUGAGAUUGUUUAUUUGGUAACCUUCAUUUCUUUCAAAAACAUUGUGACCAGUGGCCCAAGUAGGAAUUCUGGUGGGUUCCAUUAGAAUAAACAAAUUGGUCUCUGUUGGUUACUGUUGGUCUCUUUUGGUUUCAUUUCCAUAUCCUCAGGAACCAGAAGGCUAAUAGAUCCAUUACUCGAUUUUGAAACCUAUCUGGCCAGCUGGAACUUACUGAAUAUUCUCAACUGAAAUUUCUCCUACGUUCCAGCUGGAGGUUCUUCAUUGGGGACAUGAGUGGAGUCACACCCGCACUCAGUCUAACCCAUUGUGUGAAUUAUGGCUCUCAGAUUCUGUGUGAAAUAAGUUAAGUUUGACUGUGUCUCCAUAAAAGCUGGUGUCAACUGCUGCACAGUCUUUGGCCCCACUCUGCUGAGGAUGGAAAGUUUGAUUUCAGUAAACAGGCUUUGCAGUUGUGGGCCUUAUUCUGCAUUCCUUGUGAAAUCUGAAUGCCUAUUGAAUUUGGUGGGCAUUUAGGAGCACUAGGAAUUCAGAUCUGGGCUCUUCAAGGUGCUUACCUGGGAACUUAGGUUGUGCUGAGUAAUGGGAAGGAGGAAAUUGCCAUAGUUACUAAGAGACCCUCUCUAAUGUGUGUUCCUUUUUAUGGUAUAUUAUCACAUGCUUUGUUUUCAUAUGGAAUAUAUUUAAAAACACAAAGCAAAAUAGUACAGUAAAUAUAAUUGUGUAGUAUAUACAUAAACACAUUCAUAAAACUUUGGUUCAUGGUAAAUACAUGACUAAAUAGUAUAGCACUUUCCUUCUAAGGAUUUUGAUAGAUGUGUAUAUGCAGUCUCAUAAGUAAUGCCAGCAAGUUGCCACAUGUAUUUAGCCUCGCUCCUAUUAACCUGCUUGUUAAAUGUGCUACUAUAAUCUUACAGUGUUAAACUACAAAAAUGCCGAAAGCCAUGUUUUUAAAGGUUUUUAAUUAAAUGGUUCCCAUGUAUCCAACAGUAUCAUUAAAAUUUUAAUGUUUCCUUCUCUGCCUUACCUAUUAGUGAACAUUUUUUGCCUUUUUCUUGAAACUGUAAAAUACAAAAACAAAAAGUAUCCAGUAUGUAAAUGAAUGUUCUAUAAAUUCUUUGUAUAGUCAUUUUCUCUGCUCUUUAAAUAUCACCUCUAUUCAGAUUAUAAUAAAAUUAUAAAUUUGAAAUCUCA